AUGUCUAACCUGAAGCCGACAGGACACAGUAGCUGUACAUCCGGCACAAUUCGUCUACCUCCAGAACAAGCCAUCACCAAUGCGCUCAACGAGGUCCACGUGAGACGCUUCUUGCACGGCGUCGGCCUGUGCAAACGCGUCUUCGCCCUCGCGGAGAUCGGUGGAGUACGACUAAAAAUUCUCUGCGUCUUCCGUCCCUCUGGAUCCGAGGUCAUUCUCGCCAAGGUCAAGUUCUCGGAUGAGGACGGUGUCCGACUAACUGUCGGAUUCUUUGGCGACAUCUACGCCCCCCUUGUUUACCUGCCGGACCCCCGCGCCUUCAUGUCUUCCCCGACACCCAUCUCCGUCCGCCCCCAGCGACCCAGAAGAGCGAGCACAUUCCGGCUUCCAGGAUCGGAAGCAACUUGCUUGUCUCACGAGCUCCUCGAGUUGCCCCUGACGGACGGGAUAUACAUCAACGCCGGCGAUGUCCUCCGG